AUGGCAAGCAAUAUUCCUAGUUCUCUUUCUAAAGCUUUUGCAGCUUUUGCUUCCUCUGGGAAGGUUGGUUGGUAUAUAAAGAUAUUAGGGUUGAAGAAGGUCAGCUGGUGUUGCUGGGCUGAAUUAAGUUUGCUUUCCUUAAGAAUGGAUAAGUCUUGGAUGCAUGCUGAUAGAAGAUCACACGCAUAUCAGCUAGGUGUUGAGGAAUUUCUUAGGUUUGCUGUAGAGAAUUCUACUGAUGUAAAUAAUAUCAGUUGUCCCUGUGCAAAAUGUGGGAGCAUAGAUGGGAUGUUUUCGGCUAGGGUCAUAAAAGAUCAUCUAUAUUUUAAUGGUGUAGAUGAGAGUUACAAAGAUUGGGUAUGGCACGGGGAACCAUCUAGGGCAACUGUGAAUGCUAAUGAAGAGGUAUCCAAAGCCACUGUAAAUAUGGUAGAAGAUGGAGAUGCAGCAGAUAAUAUAGGGUUGGGAGAUCAGGGAGAAAAGGGAGCUAGUGAGGAUGAGGAGUUUUUUGUAAGUGGUGAGGAUGAGCAGUAUUCCGUAAAAUUGAAUGAUUUCAUGAGAUUAGUCGAGGAUGGAGAUAAAGUUUUGUAUCCCGGUUGUACCAAGUACACAAAAUUAAAUGCACUUAUACAAAAUUUUAACCUUAAAGUAAAACAUGGACUGUCUGAUGUGUGUUAUUCUGACAUGUUGAUCAUGAUCGGAAUGUUUCUCCCUGAAGGUAAUGAGAUACCUGGUUCGCAUUAUGAGGCCAAGAAGUCUUUGGCUACAUUAGGAAUGGACUAUAAAAAGAUUCAUGCAUGUCCUAAUGACUGCAUUUUAUACAGAGGACAAUAUGCUGAUGUUACUAGUUGUCCUACAUAUGGGGAGUCAAGGUGGAAAUUAGGCAAAGAUAACAUCGAGAAGCAAGGGGUACUCGGGAAGGUGUUGUGGUAUUUUCCCCCAAUCCCACGUUUCAAACGCAUGUUUCAAUCUACAAAAACUUCUAAAAACCUAACUUGGCAUGCGAAUGAAAGGAGGAAGGAUGAGUUUAUGCGUCAUCCGGCUGAUGCCCCCACUUGGAAGUUAGUGGACCAAAAAUGGCCAGAAUUCGUGUUACUAAGGGAUACAAUGGCUGUCCUAUCUAUUGUGAGAAUACUAAACCGCAUCGACUAUGUCAUGGACAAAAAAUGGGCCAUAUUGGUCACAGGAGAUGGUUACCGCGCCAUCAUCCUUAUCGAAGUUGACUAA